CAAGAAUCCACAGAGUGGUGUCCACACCCUUUCCCAAAUAUUCUCUAGACGACCAUCAAGAUGGCAGAGCCAGUAGGCCUCGCUUCCGCUAUCUUAGCACUCGGCACCUUUGCGUUAAAGGCUAGCGUCUCACUCUACGAUGAUGUCAACACUUUCCGCAACCAUCCCAAACGAGUUCGGGAUCUCCUUGAAGAACUGAAUGCUCUGAGAGGGGUCUUGGAAAUGCUCAUGGAAACGGCUGGCGCUGCUACCGACGUGAAUUUCUCGGCACUCCAUAUCCCUUUGCAGCGAUGCGGUGAGGCCUGUAAGGAGUUUGGCCAAGAGUUGGCAAAGUGCUGCGCACGAUCCAACGCGGAUCGAACGAGUUUCCGCGACUGGGCUAAGAUGAAGUACAUGGGUAACGAUAUUGACGACUUCCGGCAGCAGCUGGCUAGCUAUAAAUCUACAAUCAACAUCGCUCUGAUAGAUGCAAGCCUUCGCGCGUCAUCUAUCACGGCGAAAACCCUUGAUGGUCACAAGGAGCUAAUCAGGAACGCUACUGAUGAUUUGGAGGCUCAUCUCGAGAGCAUCAAUGAGAAACUCGAGGCAAUGAUCGAUCGCACUGUGCCAGCUUCCGACACCGAUGCAGCUGACUUAUGUCGUAUCCAGAACGAGCGGGCUAGCACGGAGAAGGGCCUUCAAAUCUGUCGCCAACUCUCAGAUCAUAUCAAGGAGAUACAGCUCAACCAUGCUGGGAGAGGCAAGGACUUGCCAAGGAUUCUUGAUUCCGGCCUUCUCCCCGAUAGAAUCGUCAGCGAAUCCCUACAGCAGUGCACGGGAAGCCUCAGUGUCGCUACUGAACAAUUAGAAAGACUCCAGCGGAAGCUGAUGGACCAGUUGAUGGCCAAGUCAAGAUCGGCAAUGGCUGAAGAGGACGGGGCGGACCUUGAAAGACUCCGAAGUGAGCUGGAAACCACUCGUCAGUCGAUAAUGAUCUGCCACCAGGUGGAUAUGCGCCUGCAACAAAAUGUCAGCGUGAUCGAAAAUUACGCCACCGGAGAUCAGACCGUUCAAUUCUUGGCCUCGACGAACGAAAAGACCAUAAAUGGGAAAAACAGCGGAUUUGGGUGGGCACAGCGGCAGAUCGGUGGGCAUUUUGACAAUGAGACUGUACGUCAGCUGUCUCAAGACGCCUUCAAACCGGUCACACGAUACGGCAAGAGCGAUGAAUCUCAAAGUCAGGACCAAACUCCCUCACAUCCAAGACCUAUUCCUAAUGAUCAAGACGUAUCCAAGUUCAGCGAUCGAUGGGGGGGAGGUCACAGGCUCAUCUCCACCUCUUGCUCUGACCGUGCAGUACAGAUUAGCCCUGUUCCAAACCAGGACCUGCCAUCCGGUUCAUCUACGGGUAAGCAGAAGUCGCCUAGUAGAUAGUCGUAUAUAGUCGCCAUGGGGACUCGGAGUCCUCGUUUAUGUUCAUUGACCUUUACUCCCAU